AUGGGCAGAGUUACAAAGACAACAAAGAAGAGCGCAACUCCUCCAGCUCACCCGAAGUAUGAGGACAUGAUUCGAGACGCCAUCGUCGUAUUGAAGGAACGUAAGGGAAGCAGUCGCCAAGCUAUCAAGAAGUAUAUAUUGACAACUUUCAAGCUACCCGACAACCCCAAAACUACCUCGCAGCUUAAACUUGCCAUCCAUAAAGGAGUCGAGAAGGGGGUGUUCGCUUUUCCUAACGAAUCGGCAUCUGUUAUUGUGAUUCUUGGUAACAAUAUCUGGUCGACUGCCGCCAUUAACACCAAUAUUUCUGCACAUAUGGGAUUAGGACCCAACGGUACCAUUAAACUUGUAAAAAAGGAACCCGCAAAGAAGGAGAAGAAAGACGAGAAGAAAGACAAACCAAAGAAGGAAAAGAAGGAGUCCAAAUCGAAGGUUGAGAAAAAACCCAAGAAAGCUGUUGUAAAAAAGGCACCCGCUAAGAAGGCUACAACCAAGAGUCCGAAGAAAACCAUAGCAAAAGGGGCCAGUAAGACGGCUGUCAAGAAGACGGCGAAAAAACCCACGAAGAGAACUGCAAAGACGACGUCUGCUGAUGCCACCUCGUAG